AUGACCACCACUUCAUCUCCAGUCGGCGCCCUCGUGUGCGUCCUACUCUGCCUGUGCACCAUUAGCAUCUCCGCCCACGGCGACGACGCGACCCUGGGCAUCGCCGCGCUGAACCGCACCCUGCAAGGCCGCGUGCGCCGCGUCGAGCCGCUCGCCCUGCCGUGCUUCUCGCGCUUCGAGGAGCUGCCCGGCGCGUACAUGUACGACACCUCGAGCGUCAACGCGUCCGACCCGGCCUCGCACGACCAGUGCCUGCUCGAUCCCGCGGACCCGGCCGCCCGUCACGGCGACGACUGCCGGCUCGGCAAACCUACCGUCGUGCUCUCCGUCAAGAACAGCGGACACACGUACGUCACCGACGCCAGCGCCGCCCGCGGGCUCGCUGGCGCUGUGGACGCGGGGAAACUACGGACGCUUCGCUAUCACGGCCCGCUUCCUCCCCGAGGGCUGUGCCCCCGAGGAAGAAAGAGACCGGGGCACCUCGCAAUCACAACCGGCGCGCGGGGGGUCGGGGGUGCGGCGAGGCCAACGCGCUGGGGCUGGGUGCGGACCCGCGCGCUGCAGUUCCGGGUGGUCACGCCGGACGGCCGGCUGCGCGUGGCGGACCGGUGCACCAACACGGAGCUGUUCUGGGCGCUGCGCGGGGGCGGCGGAGCAGUCCCUACGGAGGCUGGUAACCGCUUCUACGAGGACCACGUCCUAGGCCGCGUGUACGCCGUCGGCAGCCUGCGGUUGAUCGGCACGCAGCUCGCGCCCGCCGCCCUUUUCACGACCGAGCACGGUCCGCCGGCCGACACGGCGGUGCUGCCGGCGUGGUACGACUCGCUGUGGGUGAUCGGCGUGGGUGGGCGCUUCGCGUGGAACGGCACGCUGGCGGACAGGCAGGCGGCGGUGCGGGAGCUGCGGGCGGGCGGUGCGCGUGUGGCGAGGCUGACGGGCGGCUUCGCGUACAAGAACCAGGCGGACCCGUUCACCGAGGACUGGAGGCGCGCCUGGUACGGUAGGCAUUACGACGCGCAGGAGAGGAUCAAGAACAAGUACGAUCCGCGGAGGUUGCUCAGGUGCUGGGGCUGCGUCGGGUGGACGAGGGAGGACGCGAUGGCGUCCAGCUACGCGGCGUUUAUGAACAUUACGGCGUAG